AUGGAUGGCUGCCAUGUACCUUGCGGCCCCAUACCAAACUGGAAAGGGGUACCCCAGUACCAUACCGAGGUACCUGAGACAAAGGAAGAGCUGUACAAUCUACGGCAUUUGAUGCUGAAAAAUGUAUUUGAGCAAACUUUUGGCACAUGGAAGAAGAAAUUUCCUAUACUCUUUCAUCUGUUGGAGUAUAGUCUCUUCACUCCAAGAGACCUUGUCUUAGCCUUGGCGGUACUUCACAACAUCAUUAUUGAGCACAGCACAUACUCUGAAGGAUUUGUCAUUGAUCCAAAUGAAGAUGGUGCAGCAACUGGUGAAGAUGACUUGCCAUCAGACAAAGAAGAAGAGCCAAAACCCUACCAGGCUUGCGAGCGAGAAAGAAAUAAUGUGUGGAGAGACCAAAUUGCUGCAGACAUGUGGACUCAGUACCAAGAAUAUCUUCAAUCUUGUACAUAG